CAGAGCUGUCCUCACAGACAAAUCUGUCCAGCUGCACCAGGAUCACCUUCUCAUCAGCAGCCUUCAUCAGAGCCAAGCAGAAUCAAGAAGUGACUUCCCACAACACAAGUGUGUUUAUCACAGACACACAGCUGGUUAUGUUUGAGAUGGCUCCCUGCAAGAUGCUCCACCCCCUGCUCUUCCUGUCUGCUCUCAUUGCACUGGCAGAACAGCGCAGCCAUACAUUCAGGAGUCCAGGACCUGUGGAAAGUCUACUCCGUCUAGACCAACAAUUAGCAGGGUUUGAGAAAAGGGCAAAGCAUACCACCCAUACCAAGCUUGCAGCACUUUUCUCUGACGAUGCUCAAGUUAAGUACCCUUUUGACACACCCACUGCCACACUGAGACCAAUGAGGUAUGAGAUACCACUAGGGGGCAACGUGACACUGAGCUGCUUUGUGGAUGGCUCUGACAACUGGACCAUUUUGUGGUACAGAGCUGCCACAUAUGGCUCUAAAGACGAGCCUAUGACAGAAUAUGAAGGGAAGAAAGCUAUUAAUGUGUCACAAGGAGGUAUCUACCACUGCAGAGGAAGAAGCGAUUCAGGUAGCAUCACACACCAAAGUAAUGCUGCCAUCAUUGAAGACACUCUUCCUAUUACGGCCAUUUUGACCAUGAAGCCCAACUGGACGAAGAUAUACAUGGGUGAAACCUUCACUGUCAGAUGUGACAUCCAGGGAGGUGAAGGAACUUACUGGAGUUAUGAUUGGAGACCAAAAAGGUUUACCACAUAUUAUACAACCAAUGAAAGAACAUUCUACAAUGUUGGUUGGGAAGACAAUGGAGAUUAUCAAUGCAGAGGCAAAACGGAUCUUUCCUUCACACAGUGGAGUAAUGUCAUUCCAGUAACUGUAUCAUUUAAACUGCAUCCUGUCCUCACUGUGUCGCCCUCAUGGCUGAGUCCUGGAGCCUCAGUAACUCUGAACUGUGAGGUUGAAUAUCCUUCUGAAGGAUGGAGCUUCUCCUGGUAUAAAGCUGUUCCCUAUUAUAAAAUAACAGAGGAGCCCUACACAUAUGAGCUGCUACCUGAUGGCAGCAAGACUGCUCAGAGUCCGUACAUCAUUACUGGGCAGACAAGCACAGCAGCAUAUGUGUGCAGAGCAGAAAGAGGAAGCAACUACUACUACACCUACUACAGCGAUCCAAAGUUUGUCUGGUCUGCUGAUGCUUCAUCAGCAGCGUCUCUCACAGUCGGCCCUGUAGUGCAAAGAUUAGGCUAUGACUUUGUCAAACUGACUUGUAAGGGAAACUCUUCUUCAUGGAGAGUGAGGAAGUUCCCUGAGAAUGGCCGGCCAUAUUGUAGCAACUAUUGGGAGUCAGGAGAAUCCGUAUGCACAAUCGACACAACAUAUUCAGAUGACGGCGUGUACUGGUGUGAGUCUAUGUUAAAGGAGUUCAGCAAUGCAGUCAACAUCACUUUACAAGACUUUUAUUCUGGUCCUCUCAUGGAUAUCCCUGUUGAUCCUGUGAAUGAGGGAACUUUUGUUAGUCUUCGUUGCAACUUGAGAAGAAAAAAAAUCUUUCCCAAUGUGGCUUUUUAUCACAAUGAUAAACUUAUCCAAAAUGAUUCCCGAGACGAGUUGAACUUCUUGGCAGUGUCAAAGUCUGAUGAAGGUUUCUACAAGUGUCAGUACUCAGGAAAAGAGUCGCCGUCGCGUUACAUGACGGUUAAGUCUACUGUACCAUCUGAAAUCUUCAUCCAGAGUGAAAGUAGUGAAAACAGCCCCCUUCAUCCUGGUAGUGCUGCCAUCUAUGAAUCAGCAAACAAAAAAGGAAGACACUGGAAAUGGUCAGUGAGGAGAGCUGCAGCUGCAAAGCAAAAAAGAAUAUUUUUGUGAACCCACUGUUGCUCCUCUGCUACACAAAUAUCGGUCACUCUUCACAUUUUCCACAGUUAGUUUGUUUGAAGAUAAUACAUAAAAUACAGACCUCAUAUAUAGUCUAUACACAGUUAUCUACAAAUCUGGCACGAAAAAAGGAAUUCCAGCUCUAGACUUGCAGAUCAUGUCUUUAUUGGGUCUGUCGGUCCAAGACUAAUUCUGUACAUCUAUACACAACCCAACUAGUUCCAAAAUUUGGACAUCCAACCGUGAUCCAACUUGAAGGUCAAUAUGAUGUUUAACAUUUGGAUUUUAACUGAAUAAUUUUUUGGAUGUUAUGGAUGUCUAUGACAGGUGCAGGGAAUUUACAUGAUUAAUAAAUGUAUUUUUUUUUUAAAUUUACAAAUAUUAACAUUAAUGUGGUGUUAUCAACAUGAUGAAUAUGCAUGUGGGUUAUGUAUAAACAAACAUGAUUAAUUAUGUGCCUAUUGAUUUAAUAAGUACAUGUGGGUAAUUGUUUUGAUUAUUUUACAUUUUCCUGCUUUUGUUUGUUUGUUUGUAAUCAGGUUUAAAUUGUCAUUUAUUAAAAUUUGUUAAAAUAUAUAUAAAAAAUCAUGUUAAAAUGUAUAACAUCUCGGGAAAGCUCAAACUUCGGGAUUCGCGGCUUGGCUUCAGCAGCCUCUCUCAGCUUCGGUGUGGACAUAUCGGCUCUUAUGUGCCCAAGUUUUUCUUCAGCCUCUGACGGUGAGUUGAACACUCUUUACCCGCUGAGAGGCUGUGUUUAGGGCUUCAGCAGACUUGUUCUGGUAUUGUUCUCUAGUCCUGCUGAACCCUUAAACUCAAUUCUUUUCAGAUGGGUUCCACUUUUUUCUUUAGCUCGUUUCACUGUAGUUAAUAUGAUUUUUGGUUUUCAGCGUCAGCUUAGAGGCGAUGUUUUAAAAUUAUAUCCACACCCGAGACAGAGACACGACUUCGGCAGCUUUCUUCCCGUUUUGCCACACAGAUUUUAGUUUUUCAACCUAGUUUUUUCACUUUUUCAACUUUUCUGGAAACGGUUCUUACAGUUUUUUCAACCUUUGAUUUCAUUUAGGACAUUUUCCAAUAUUCUGUCUCUUUUUGGGCAAUCGCUUUACACUUUUUUCUUUUUACUGUUGUUUUUUUGUCUGUUUUUUUUUUUUUACACCGUUUUCACACUUUUCUAACCUAUUUUUCUAUUUUUGUAGAAGUAUUUUACAC